AAAAAUAAUUUAUGGAUCCAUUAUCGAAAAUAUCACAAAUUUUAUCACAUUCAUAUUCAGAUACCAAAGUCAAAGAAUUAUUUAAAAUUAUAUCCCAAACAGAACUCAAAAAUGAUGAAAUAUCAAAGAAAAAAUUUAAAAUUGAUAAUGUAUCUAAUAUAAUUUCUAUAAAUACUAAAAUUAUCCAAGAAUUCGAGAAAAUAAUAAUUGAAUUAAAAACAUUUAAAGAUUAUAUAUCUACAAUAAAAAAUUUAACAAAUGAGAUGGAAAAAGAAGCAGAUAUUAUUAGCUUAAAAUCUACACAUUUUCUAAAACAAAUAACUACUAUAUAUGACAGAAAAAUAUUGAUUAACACAAAACAAAGUUUGCUAAAAUCAUUUAAUAAUAACUUUAUUAUAGAAAAUGAAGAUUUAGAAAUACUAUCAUCUAUUUCAAAACCUGUCGAUGAGAGAUUUUUUAAAAUUUUAUUUAAAGUUAAACAGAUUUAUCUUAAUUGUCAAAAACUAUUAAUAGCAGGAUAUAAUAAAGCAGGUGUUGAAAUUAUGGAAAAAAUGGAUAAAUAUUUAGAUACGGGAUUUGAAAAACUAUGUUAUUUUAUACAACAAGAGCUCAAAUUAGCAAAAUAUAAAUCUUAUGAACCAAAAGAUGAUAUCAAGAAAGCAUUAUAUAUGUUAUCAGAAAAACACGAUUUAUUUAAAAAAUGUUUAAAAACUAUAUCAAAAGAAAGACAAAAGUUUUUACCAGAAAAUUCCCAAUUUGAAUUAAUACAUAACAUUCCUUUAACAUCUAUACAUCAAAUUAAAAUACAAACAUAUGAUCUUUUACAAUAUACUAGUGACAUGUUAUCUUGGAUCCAUCAAACUGUUGUUAAUGAAAAAGAUUUUUUUGAGAUAUUGUUUGGAAUUCAUAUAGAUUCAGAAUCCAUUAAGAUCAUGAAUGACCUUCCCAAUUUCUGUUCUUUGUCAGAAUAUAAGGAUAUUAAUAAAGUUGUUUUCGAAAUAAUAGACAAUAAUAUUCUUAACAGUUGUGAAAUUUUUAAGAUAGAAACCGAAUCGAUAAUCCAAGAUAUUGAAAAUAUUGUGACAAUUUAUAGAAUUGCAAACUUAAUACAGUUCUAUCAUUUUACAUUGCAAAAAAUUAUGCCAAAUGAUUCCUGUUUAUUAAAUAUACUUAGAAAUACCGAAAAAAGUGUUAUGAAUGCAUUUUCCAAAAAUAUACAAAAAAAAUUGCAUUCUAUAAAAAAAAGCAAUUUAUUUCCAAGUCCUCAAUUAGAAGCACCCUCUUUUUUAAUAAAUACUAUAUCAGAGCUAAAAAUAUUACAUAAAUCAAUUGAAGCUACACAUAACUCAUCAGAAUCUCUCGAAAACUGCGUUAAAACUAUUUUAAAAAUUAUACUUGAUCCAUAUUGUGAUUUAUGUUGUAGCAUUUCUGAUAAACUAGACGAGCCACAUAAAUCAAUAUUUUUAAUAAAUUGUUGGAAAACAUGCGAGGAAAAUAUUUCACAAAUAAGCCCCGGAAACUCUAAAAUGCAAGAAUUUAAGGACGAUAUUAAUAAUCUUUUUAAGAAUUUAGAAUCAAAUCAACUUGACUAUUUUUUUAAUGCAUCUGGAUUAAAUAACCUGAUAAAUAUUUUGGAAUCAAAAGAAGAAAAGAAUCUAGAAAGAUCACUAGAUACAGUACUAGUUGAAACAUCUAAAAAUUUCCAAAAUUUCUUGCCUUUUGCAAUUACAAAUGCUCUUGAUAGAAUAAAAUACUUAGAAAUAUCAAAUGCUACAAGAAUAACAAAUAAAGCGGCCGAAAUGUUUAUAGAAAAAAUUUCAGAUUUAAUAAACAUACUUCCCCAAAUUACAGAUAAUUAUCAAACAUAUUUUCAUUGGACGCCAAAUGAAAUAAAAUUACUUUUAGGAGUAUAAUAUUAUGAUAAAAAUGUGUAAUAUUAUCCUUAAUAUCCCAA